AUGAGACCUCCCGGCGGAAGCAGCAACGUUCGUCGGCAACCGAAAGAGUCGGCCUACUUACCACCAACUCCACUAAACAGCCACCGUGACUCUGACGUGAGUUUAGCCAGUAGCCGUCCAUCCUCCGUCGGAAUCCAUUCUCUCGACGUUUACAAAGACCGUUCGUACCAACAGAACGCAACCGCAACCAUCAAUUCAUUCCUGGCCUCUCAGGAUUUGAAUGUCUCUUUCAAACCUUUUUCCUCUCCUUCCGCUAAACACAUUCACCAAACCCUAAUCUUCCGCGUCGGGCUCAAUAAAUCUGUUCAGUCUUGUCAAUGGAAUACUGUGCGUGAAAAGGAAAAAACAAAUUGGCGCGGAUCACGUUGCUGA